UUAAAGAACGAUUACGGCUUGUUUGUAACGGAGAAGGGGAUAGUACGAUAUCUGCUUCACCACGCCCUCGACGUUCAAAUUUUCUCCGGCUCGAAGUCACAUAUCUCACUCUCCCUUCAGUUCAGACAGCUAUCAACACCCUAAUAGCAGUUUUCUUUUGUAGUCUGUAUCAAUAUUUUCAUCUUCAGAACAACCACAGUGCGCCCAAGUUGCUUCGCAUCUUCCCACCCGUUUCCGGACGUCGCACGAGAAGCCCAGAGAGUGCGAGAGGAUGUCCACGGCUGUUGUUGAUGGCAUCGAUCAGAAUGCUCUACAUACCACUUCUACAUCGCCUACAUCACAACCUUCCGCCGACGCGGUAACUCGCGACGCUAGUGCAGAACCAGCUCAUACGAACGGGGCCCCCGACCUUCCAGCAGUGCCGCAAGUGAAUGUGAACGGGGAACCAGUAAGAACUCCACGACCUUCAGGAACAUAUAGAUCUCCCGGAAAAUCCGACAAGACAACGUGGGGGGCGAAUUUUUGGGUGACAUUAGUGGACCCACAAACUAAUUCCACAUUCUUUGCGUGUCCUGCGACAGGACAAGUUAGUUGGGACCCACCAGUGGGGACGUUUGUUCUCCCUCCGAGCGAGGAAGGCGAGUGGUGGGAGCUAAGUGAUGAAUCGCGAGGAGGGAUACCAUACUAUUAUCAGACGAAGACUGGCGAAACAGUUUGGGAGCGCCCAGAUGGAUUCGUCAUUCCUCUGACUAUCAUCCAACAAACUGCCUUGGGCCGGCGACUAUCCCAGACUGGCAUGCGCAGCAAGGGUGCAACUGUUAAUGGCACCGACGCGCCCGAUCGAACAGCCUACCGGAAAUCUAGGUCGCAAACGAGUGGCAUGGAUACGCGCCGUGUUUCACUUCGAUCAAAUAAUUCGGAGACCCCAUUUCCACGGGUCUCGGUGUCUUCGGCACACCAUUCUCCAGGGAAAAUAUCACCUAGCAGUAGCGACACGGGUAUUAGUCCACGGAAGAAACAAUCAUCUCCCACAUCGAGACCGUCAGUCACAAACGAUCAACAUGGGCAAUUAAGUUCCUUGCGAGGUUGGAUGAGCGGAAACCAAUUGCCUCCCAUUCCCGGCUCCCCCUACCCUACAGAGCCCUCGACACCUAAUUCGCGCAAAUCAACAUCUCCGUCUCCUUCGGGUAGACUAAGUGCCAGACAGAAGAGUACAACCAAUGGAGCCGUCACUGAUACCGAAGACGGAUCACUUUCGCGAUCGCGAUCCAAGUCAUCUUCCUACGUACCGUAUAGGUCACCAGUUCCGCAGAGCCUAACUGCUGCCCUAGAAAUGAUUUCCUUGUCAGAAAAGCGUUCCACGUCUGACCAUGGACAUCCUCCUGCACUCCGCCCGGGCGCCGAGAAUAUGCCUCGGAAGAGCACAAGUAGUGCCACUCCUCCGACGGACAAGAGGGAGAAGCGUGAUAUUCCAUCGUCUCCGACAAAGAGUUCCCAUGGGCCUUUUUGGAUGGCGCGUAGUACGUCCACCCCUCCACCACCUAUGGUCAAUGGAAAGGCCAUAAGCAGGCCGGUUGUUAAUCAAGAGGCAACAUUGAGCAUGAGUCCUGUCAAGAACCGAGGUACCGGAAAACCGAUUUCCAUUGAGCCACGCUCUAUAUCUCAACACGCACCCACUACAACCUUAGCAUCAGGAAAAACAUACCCAGUUCUCCCUCAUGACCUCGCGUCGGAUAUUCAACAAUUCGUGGAAUCAGAAUAUGCCAAACGGUACUUCUCGAUACACCGCACCGGAUUCAUUUUUCGCCGCAAAAUUCCCGUCGCACAGAUGAUGGCGUGGCAAAAGGCACCACUAUCUUCUCCGCUCCUUACUCUUAACCGAACAUUGAAGCAGGAUGCGGUCAAAAUUUUCAAGGUCAUCCAGCACAUCAUGGGUGACCGCGAGCGUGACCGUCCUGCUGGAAUUCCUUUGUACAAUGGCUCAACCACCUCCCUUGCUUCGUGUGCUUCGCUUAGCCUUCUUGAAGAGGAAAGGUGGUUGAUUAGCGAAGGCCUUGCGCACGGGGAACUGCGAGACGAGAUAUACUGUCAACUGAUGAAACAGUUGACUGGGAAUCCCAGUGCCGAGAGCGUAUUCAAGGGGUGGCAGAUGCUUUGCGUCCUUCUGACUGCUUUCCCACCGUCCAAGAAUUUUGAGACAUACCUUCGUUCCUUUAUUCACCAGCACACUUCGCAUUCGGAAGGCCGCGUCGAUGUCAUCGCCAAAUAUUGUCUCAGACGAUUAACUGUCAUCUCGAAGAGAGGGCCACGUGGCAAACCUCCGUCAGCGGCAGAAAUCGAAACCGCUGCUGAUGCCGCCUUCAAUCCGUCUACGUUCGGGGAAACUUUGGAUGCAACCAUGCGUUUGCAAGAGCGGAACUACCCUAACGAGAAGAUCCCGAUUAUACUUCCCUUCCUUGCUGAUGGAAUCCUUGCGCUCGGCGGCACCAAAUGCGAGGGAAUUUUUCGUGUUCCCGGAGACAGUGACCUCGUUUCUGAGCUCAAGCUCAGAAUUGAUAGGGGCUAUUACACGCUCGAGAAUGUCGAUGAUCCUCACGUGCCUGCUUCGCUAUUGAAGCUAUGGCUCCGCGAACUAUGCGACCCCCUCGUCCCCGAGGAGCUUUAUAACGACUGCAUCAGUGCAGCACCUGAUCCGCCUGCUUGUGUCACUAUCGUGCGAAAGCUCCCGACCAUCAACAGAAGGGUGGUGCUAUUCGUCAUGAGCUUCCUACAGCUCUUCCUAGAAGAGAAGGUUUUGGCAAGCACCAAGAUGACAGCAGCAAAUAUGGCCCUCGUAUUGGCACCCAACCUACUGAGGUGCAGUUCUGAGUCUAUGACAGUAGUGUUUACGAAUGCGCAAUUCGAACAGAUGUUCGUGUACAACCUACUCAUGCAUCUGAAGUGCAACGAAGUCGAUGAAGACUACGUACCAGUCCAUGGACGAGGUGCAAGCCCGCCGACUUCGCCCAAGCCUCGUAUCUCCAAAUCUCGUAAUCGGCGAUGAAAUAGAUACCAAGUUCUACUCACUGGUCCUUCAUUCUGCAACAGCCCCAAACGGACUUCCUAAUGCAACCCAGAACCACUCAAACUGUACGAUAUUUGUUCAAUCGCUCCCUUUGGGUGGGAGAGCUCUUUCGUCACGACUUCAUACCAUUACGGUCGCCUCCAUGCACGCGACAUCAUUGGUCAGCAAAUGCUCCGUGUCUUUCUUCUUUAUUACCAUUACAUACAUCUUACAGCUAUUCUCUAUGUUCUGCGUUUACUUGCGGCUCACUGAUACCUACACAUUCAUUCGGAAUUGAUAUCUGAUAUGCACUUAUAUACACAUGAACAGUCAAUCCUUUCUUACUAUUUUUCUUUUCCAUAGUCGUUUUCUUCAAUCGACUGAUGUCAAUGACACUCCAACGAUGUGAUGAAC